AUGGGCCGGACUUAUAUUCCCACACCACCCACCCCCGAUCCACCCCACCAACCGUCCCACUCCACCCACCACUGUUUGUCUAAAAAAAAACACCCAACCCUCGAUCCAGAUCCCCUCCUCUCUUCUCCCGAUUCACCCCUCGUCUCCCUCCCAUCCCACGCCGCCGCCCACCACCCCGGCGACCUCCCCACCGGCGAUCCCCAGCCUCUCCCUCUCCUUCUCCCCUGCAUCCGUCGCCCGCACCAUCCCUCCCAGUCCCAGAUCAACCCGCGCCAAGAAUUAGAAUCCGGCCCUGCCGUGCCGGACGGCGACGAUGCCGACCAUCUCAACACGCCCCGCCCAAAAAACCGCGACGGCGGGAGGCACCAUGUGCUGGUUAUUCCCGCUCCCGCCGGCAAUGGCCUGCACCUGCAGGUGGAAGGAGGAGGAGGGGGCGAGGAACUGCAGCAAACCGCCAUGUUCUGCUCUCUUCCUAAAGACGCUACUGCAGGUGCAGAUGCUGCUGCUGAUGCCACGGAUGCCACUGCUGUGGGUUCUGCUACCCUGCCUGCUCCUGCCGCCACGGUGACGGUGGCUGCUCCCUCCGGCGGAGUCGUCCCUUGCAAAAGUUGCAAUGCUGCUCAUGCUCAGGCGUGGUGGGAGAAGACCUUCUUGUUCCCGCGUCAAGAUGGUAAUGGGAACGGGAAUGGCACACAGCUCCUCCUCGCCUUCCGCUUCGUCUUCGUCGCCGGCAAACUGCAGAGACCCAUCAGACCUGAAUUUGGCGGCGUCCACAGCCCCUACCCCUGUUUUAGAUAAACUCUGCUUUCUGCAACUGUAUUCCAGAGAGCCUCACCUGACAGAACAGAGUAAACUAACUGUUAGUAAUGGAUCAGCAAAUUAAGUGGCGGUUACUCCUGUUCUGUGUCUAUGUACACAUAUGCUUGCUUGCUUAUCUGUGAAGUACUCAUGCAUGAAGUCUGGUCAUUACCCUGGCUGCGUACAGUAGCAGUAAACAUUGUUAGCUUAAUCCAAACUUAUUAGUCUACAAAUCUACAUCGGUGUAGUAGUCUAGGAAAACUAGCUUGAGUCGAUUUGCUUUUCUUGUGUUACUAGUGUCCGGCCAGAAUUAGUAAGGUGUGAUCAACGUGGCCGUAUAAUUAGAUUAGGAAAAAUACUAACUUGAGUCCGACUAGGACUUGUCCUAGCUAUCUAGCUGCGUUGGUAGGAGUAUAAUACCAGGAUUGGGAAUUUGUAGUCCAAGUCGGUUAAUAGGUGAGUCUGAUUUGACUAGAACCUGUAUCCACUGGUGGUGGCUGCGUCCAUAUAUAUACACCAGCUGGGUUCAUUCAAUGGAGUAACCUACACUAGCUCAUUCACUACUAGUUAGAUCAAUGGAGUAACAUGUUAUUUCCUUUGCAUUUUUUACUGUAAAAAGUCAUGGCUCACCUAUUAACCGGCGGCCGUAGAAGGACUAAUCACCUAACUGAAACACUAAUAAUCAGAAGAUAGAUUAAACUUCGUUUAAUGGAUAUACAACAUAUUGAAUUAUUUUCUAUUUGGUCUAAUUGAUAUAAUCAUGUCUAAUAGAGUUCACAAUCUUUACUUUGAAGAUCUGUAGCUAGACGUUAGAACUGUUGACAUGCAAAUAAUUAACUAACUGCAUGUCGUACUUGAAUUAUAGGUUUUUUGUUUUCGUCACUCCUUUGUUAUAUGGAAGAAGACUUCAUGACUUUGUGAAGCCACAUGAGCUAGGGGUUGCACCGCAGGAGCAUAGCGUGUACAAGUACUGAACAUUGAAGAUUGCAUUGCAGCUCAUCAGUAGAAGAUAGCGACAGAGUGCUGCAGGAUAAUGAGAUAUUGAAGCGGCAGACUGAAUCCAUGACACUGAAGUGCAAUUGCGGCAGAUUAUCUCUAUCUUUUCUUUUCAUUUUUCUUAUUAUUGAGUGAGAACGGAAUGAGGAACUGUGUGAUAGUACAUACAACAACUGUAGUAAAAAGAAACUUAUGUUUGCAACUAUUAAUGACAUAGAUACUUGCAUGUUCUUUGAAGUGGUCAUUUGUGAGUAGCAAUGCAUAAUGAGGUUUUUUGGCUGAUUUA